CCAAAGCUUGCUGGCGUCUCCCUCUCUGUUCUGUGGAAGCUCUCAGGAUGGACUCAUACCUGAUCCAAGUGAAUGGCCAUGGAGAUCAUGCCCCUAUGCUGGAUGUUCAUCUCAAGACCAAUGGGAACAACAUAUCCCUGGGGAAGGUGAAGAGCCGGAAGCCAAGAUGGGCUGUCAGGGCUUCUGAAAUGUCAAAGAAAACUUUCAAUCCCGUCCGAGCCAUCGUAGACACCAUGAAGGUGGAGCCCAACCCAAAGAAAGCUAUGAUCUCCUUGUCCUUAGGAGACCCAACUGUCUUUGGAAACCUUCCCACAAAUGAUGAAGUCACACAGGCUGUGAAGGAGGUUUUGGACUCUGGACGUUACAAUGGCUAUGCUCCAUCUGUUGGCUACCCAUCCUGCCGGGAAGCAGUGGCCGCCUACUACAGCUGCCCAGAGGCACCGCUGAAGGCCCAGGAUGUCAUCUUAACAAGCGGCUGCAGCCAGGCUAUAGAACUUGCCUUGGCAGUGCUGGCCAACCCGGGCCAGAACAUCCUGGUGCCACGGCCUGGCUUCUCCCUCUACAAGACUCUGGCAUUGUCUAUGGGGAUUGAAGUCAAACUCUACAACCUCUUGCCAGAGAAGGCCUGGGAAAUUGAUUUGGAGCACUUGGAGUCUCUGGUGGAUGAGAAGACAGCUUGCCUCAUUGUGAACAAUCCAUCAAACCCCUGUGGCUCUGUGUUCAGCAAAAGCCACCUCCAGAAGAUCCUGGCAGUGGCAUCAAGACAGUGCAUCCCCAUCCUUGCUGACGAGAUCUAUGGAGACAUGGUAUUUGGUGACUGCAAGUAUGAACCCAUUGCAACUCUCAGCACAAAUGUGCCGAUCUUGUCCUGUGGUGGCUUGGCAAAGAGGUGGUUAGUGCCUGGCUGGCGGAUGGGCUGGAUCCUAAUUCAUGACAGGAGAGACAUCUUUGGUAAUGAGAUCAGGGAUGGCCUUCUAAGACUGAGUCAAAGGAUCCUAGGACCUUGUACUCUUGUCCAAGGAGCACUGGAACAUAUCUUGCAACGAACACCCCCUGAAUUCUACCACAACACACUCAGCUUCCUGAAGUCCAAUGCUGACCUUUGUUACACUGCCUUAUCAGCUAUCCCUGGCCUUCGGCCUGUCCAUCCUUCUGGAGCCAUGUACCUCAUGGUUGAGAUUGAAAUGGAACAUUUCCCUGAGUUUGAAAAUGAUGUGGAGUUCACUGAGCGACUCAUUUCAGAGCAGUCUGUUUUCUGCUUGCCAGCCUCGUGCUUUGAGUAUCCAAACUUCUUCCGUGUGGUGAUCACCGUGCCUGAGGAGAUGAUCUUGGAGGCUUGCAGUCGCAUUCAGGAAUUCUGUGAGAUGCACUACCAGGGUGCUGAGGGAGGGCAGGAUAUGGAGUGUGACAAGUAGCCACAGCUGGCCUCCUGCCUCUGCCAGGCUAGACCUUGUGUGAGGCAGGAGUUGGGCAGGCAGGGCUGCUUCCAGCCAGCCAUACAUCCCCCUGCCUGCAAGCAGCUGUCAUCCUGCUGCUUCACCUUUUGUGCUCCACAGACCCCUCAGCACUACGGGAAGAAUCAGCCUCUUCUCUCUCCUCCUCCACUGCAGCUUGCACAGCCUCUGGCGUUCAGUGCCCAUGGUCUCCAUGUACUCUGCAUUUGCACCCUGUGUUGGUCUCUGCUGCCUGUGAACCAGCUGCAGGCGGGGGCACAACGACUGCCCCUGUGCCAGGCUCCAUGGCCCAGACUCCAUGUGGCCAGUAGCUUCUGUGCUGGCUGUGCUUCCCUUUGGGGACAGGAGAAGGCUGCUAUCUCAGAAUAGAUGUACCCACCUCUCACUUACCUGUGUUACCCUAGGAGGCCAGAGCUCUUUAUACCAAGCCCUUUGUGCAACAAAGGGAGUAAG